AGGGUGUGACAGCUGUACUGAGUGGUUUCAUGGAAAGUGUAUUGGAGUUUCAGAGAAAGCAGCUAAAGCCAUCAGAGUGUGGUACUGUCCGUCCUGCAGAGACAGAGACUCGUCUCUGGAGAUUAAAUACCGCCUUAAGAAGAUAAAGGAAAAGGAGGGGCCAGAUGGAGACGACAAGCUUGACGGAGAUGGAAGCUCCACCCCCCAACCUAAGAUGGACAGGAGGAGGAGCUCACAGAUCAAGCGUUCGGCCAGGAUGUGUGGAGAGUGUGAUGCCUGUCUGAGGACGGAGGACUGCGCUCAGUGCGACUUCUGCAAAGACAUGAAGAAGUUUGGAGGUCCGAACAAAAUCCGACAGAAGUGUAGACUCAGGCAGUGUGAGGUCCGAGCGAGGAAGAUGCUUCGGGUGCGAGACGAGGAGAUGGCUCGGAGCGGCACCAGGGGACGGAGCCUUUUGAGGAGAGGAUCAGGGCAUCAGACGGAGGAUGAGGAGGAUGAGGAGGAGGAGGAGGAUGGGUUCAGCGAGAGUGAGCUGGAGCUGUACGAGCAGUACAGAGCUGCCGGAUACAGAGACCUGGUGUGGCACAGCGAGGAAGAAGACACUCAGUCGGACUCUCCGAGGAAGAAGGCGGUGAAAGUGAAACACGUGAAGCGACGAGAGAAGAGGACGGAGAAGAAAAAGUCUGUGUCCGUUCCUAAAGAGGAGGUGAAGCCGCGGCGUCACAAAGCGAAGCAGCGGCACAGGGAGCGCGUGCGGCACAGUGAGCGAGCUGUAGAGGGCGGGGUCAAAGAGGUGGGCGGGUCCAUGAGGCAGUGUCUGGGUCCAGGAUGCGUCGAACCAGCGAGGACGAGCUCUAAAUACUGCUCAGAGGACUGCGGAAUGAAGCUCGCCGCCAAUCGUAUCUACGAGAUCUUGCCUCAGAGGAUCCAGCAGUGGCAGCAGAGUCCGUGCAUUGCCGAGGAGAUGGGGCGGAGACAGCUGGAGCGAAUCAGGAGGGAACAGCAGGCGGCGAGACUCCGCCUCACACUGAUGGAAAAACGUUUUCACGAGCUCGAAGGCAUCAUCGCCAACGCCAAACUACAGCAAGUCCAACAGCACGAGGAG